AUGUUAGUGAAGCUUCUGCUCAUCUGUAAUACAAUAGGAUUAGCAAAGCUGGUCAAACACUCAGACCAUCAUGGGUAUCACGAUGGUUCGGUGCACGGCUCACAGCCACAAAUUCGUGAGACCUCUGCAUACCUCCAGAGGACUCCUCUGUCACAUGAAGAAGAAGGUUACCGGGAGGCAGAAGGGCUCAGGGAGGAUACUCAAGAUUACCCUUCAAGUGUGAUCUCCUCACAUCAGGAAGAGAGAGAGGACUUGGAAGCUAUGAGCCCACAGUCACGAAACGGGAACUGGUGUUCCUUCAUGCAGUCCCGGCUGGUAACAUACAUAGAAGCCUGCAUGAAGGAGAAGUACAUUGUCAACUCCCAACAGCCCUGUCCAAAUGGAACACCAGACUGCCAGAAGAUCAUGUACAGGACAGCUCUGAAGCCAGUCUAUCAAGUGAAACAGAAAGUUUUGAAGUCUUUGCAGUGGAAAUGCUGCCCUGGAUUUAUUGGCAAGGACUGUGAACAGCAUGAUCCUAAUUUUAUUCCGGUGCCAGGAAAUCAAACUGAAGAACGGCGAGAAGAGGAGUUCUCAAACCACAUGUCAACAUCAGUGGAUUCAAGAGAAAUGUUGGAAGUCAUUCAAAAUCAUGAGGCUUUACUGGAUGAUCUUCAAAGUGAUAUUCAUCAAGCAGUCAGCAACUUAGGUGACUUACAGAGAAUAUUUGAAAACAACGGUACAAGCAUGGUGUUAGAAGUGAACCAGAGCAAUUCAGAUCCACAGGAAAGGCUUCUGCAGCAAGUUUUGUUUCCCCAUGUGGAGAAUUUUCUAAAGAAACAUUUUAACCCAAUGUGGGCAAGCUUCAACAGAAGCUUACAGAACCUCUCGAACAUGGUAAGAAACCUGUCCCAUGACGUCGAAGCCAACAAGAAAAGCAUAGAAAGAUUCCAAGAGAGCACUGUGCCCAAGAAGGAAUUCCAGGAGCUGGGAACUAAAUUUGAAUCAAAAGUCCAAGAAAAUGUAGUGAAAGUUGAUCAGGUGAAAAAAGAUAUAGAGAACCAUUUGCAAAGGCAGCAGGCUAAUAUUCACUAUAAUCUCACCAUGAUCAAGGCAGAUACUGACACAAAGCUCAAGAAGUUUCACAAGAUACAGCAGUCCCAUUUCUUAGCUUUAAACAACAGCAUGGAAAGCAUGAAACAGGAGCAAAACAAUCUUGAAAAUAAAUUUGAGACUUUGAAAAAAAAUUUAACAGAACUCUCCUCACAUCACAGUCCCAAAGAUGAAAAUACCCAGUUAAGCAUCAGACAAAUAAAUGAGAUUCUGGCAGGGCAUGCAAAGCAGCUGAAAGAACUUUACAUGGAGUCAGAUGUGGCCUUUCAGAAUAUUGCAGUUUUAGAGAGGUGGUUUAAGGAGUUAAAAAAAAAUAUCUCAAAGUAUAGGCCAGAAGAUGUUUUAAUAACUUUAACAGAGAAAUCAGUUAUUAUGGAAGAAAACAAAGCAGCUACGGAGCAGCAGAUAUCAGAGCUCAAUUAUACUCUCUCAAAUCUUCGCGAAAACUAUUCAGAUCUGUUGAGGUACAUGGAGGAAUGUAACUGCCAGAGAGUAUCUUCCGACACUGAUAUACUGGAAGAAGAUUUAAAUAAUAUCACUUAUUCCCUUGAAGGCACCCAAUCAAACCUAAAGGAUAUGAGGCACCUAGAGUCAGUUUUCAGAGAUCUCUUGAGGAAUGAAAUUGAAGAGCUCUCCUCAGCUUUUCCAUCUAUCUAUCAGUCCCUUAAUCUCCGUCAAGAAGAAAACAGACAGCUUCAGUCACAAGUUGUGGCUGUUUCAGAAGACAUAGGCUUCUUGAAGAAAAAAGAUGAAGAAAUUCAUCGGCACAUCAAAUAUCUCAACAGUUCUUUUGGCUCCCUUUUGGAAGAUGCCAUGAGGCAUGAAGCAGCACUGGAGGCUUUACUGGGGGAAGAAUUUAUGGAAGUCUUGUUUGAAGAAGAUCCUAGUAUCCUAAUAUCGUCAGUAUUUCAGCUGCAAGAAUCUCUCAGACAUAUCUCAGGUAAACUCCAAGAACAAAAUGUGACUUUAGAAUCACUUACAAAGAGAUUUCACCAUUUGGAGAGAGGUCAACAGAAUAAUCAUGAUGGCCAUACAUUUCCUAAGCAUCCCAAAGAAGAAACACAAACAUCCUCUACCCUAGAUGAAGCUAGUAGUCACCACAGCAUCCUAGAACAUAUGGAACCUAACUAUGAGGCUGCCAAAGAUGACUCAUUGGAUAGCUCAGCUUAUAAUGAUAUCAUGACUCUGAAGAAUGAUAUCAAACACCUGAGCCUGGCAAUCAAGAGGCAUGAAUCCAGAAGUGACAUGAAUCUCUGCUGCAAUCAUACAAUAUCAAAUGCAAUUGAGCCACUCAACAUUUCUGUGGAAAUUCUUUCAGCAGAUUUAGCAACCACCAAACAGAAACUGGAGGAACAUCUGCUGAUUUUUAAAAAGCUAUUUGGAAGUGAUGAAGAGUUAGCUGCCUCAAAUGUAAGUCUGGAUGUUACAAAGAUUCAGUCAAUGCUGACCAGAAAAGUGAGAAGGCAACAGAAAGUUCAAGACAAGCAAAGAGACAAGAAAAAGCCUGAGAAACACAGAGAAAACACGCAAAUGAUAACUGGAAGAAAUACAGUGCAGACAGAACUUUUGGGAAAAGACUCAUUGGUGGCAUUCCAUGUGGGAUUCUCAGAAGGAAAGGAUAAAGAGAAAACUCUGAGGUUUAAUGAAACUUACCUCAAUUAUGGAAACAGCUAUUUCCCUGAACAUGGCUACUUCAAAGCUCCGCAUAAAGGUGUCUACCUGUUUGUCAUCUCUGUGGAGUUUAGUUCAGGACCAGCAUUAGGACAACUCUCCUUUAGCCGUGGGUACAAAAGAACUCUCUCAAGUAGCCAGAGGAAAACACCAAAUGGGAACACCAUGACUACUUUUGCUAUGGCAGAAAUGGAGAAAGGGGAGAAAGUAUGCUUUGAAUUGCUCCAGGGCUCUGUAGUGAAACGGAGUCCACCUGGGACAACAAUGGGUGGUUUUCUAGUAUUUAAAACUUGAAUAGUGACAUUUUGUUUUACUGAUAUCUUUCCAUAGAUGCAAUGGAUCAAUUCACUAUUGCUUCAUCUGUGAUGCAUUCAAUCCUACCGCAUGUGUUUAAACAUAGCAUUACCC